AUGAAUCAAAAUAAAAGAACCAACAACCAAACCAUUAGAAAAACUGUCGAAGAAUUUAAAUGGAAUACCAAAGAUUCUUCAUUUAAAAAUGUUUACAAAAAUUAUCAGGAUCUUUGUAAUCUUUUCAAUACCCCAAUAGAAAUUUUCAAUGACAAUUUGACUUCCCUUAAUCAAAUUGAAAGAAAAACUGAUUACAACAAUUUUAACUUGCAGUUUUUUGGAUGUAAUGAUGAACAUAUCAGUACCAUUAAAGUCAGAUCCAUCUUUAGUAGCACCUAUGAUGCUACAAAAACCAAUAUUAAAUGUAAAGAGUGUGGUACAAAGACCACUGUCAAACUUGUUCAAAAUUUAAAAGAUGCAGUUGCAUCAAAUAGAUUUUUCCUAACACUAGAACAACUCAAUCAGUAUAUUGAGAAAUUUCAAAAAUCUACUUGGCUUCAAAUUAGAAAGGAGUCUUAUCAACUCCCAUGUGGUACUUGCAAGAAUACCACAUCAAUAUCAUCUUAUACCAUCGAGUCGGGAAAGUUCCAUCCUUGUCCAGCUUGUGAUAUAACAAAAACAGUUGGUAGCUUAAUACAAAACAUGACAGAAUUUAUAACAAGAACCGACUCAAGUAUUACUGAGGAACAAUUUGAUCAGUUCAAGUUAUCUCUAUCAAGAGUAAGGGUUAUUGACUACCCCACAGUUCCAAUCGAUAUUAGAUUUUCAUGUGGCCAUAUAAACAAAUUUAAUGCCAACCAAUUUGUUCACAGGGUUGAGGGAUUAUGGUCAUGUAAUGAAUGUUCUGGCCCAAAAUGCAGGGAGAGUCUUUUAAAAGGCCUAUCUACACUUUAUGAUAAUGGUUGUAUAUCAAGUUCACUCUAUAAUUCCCAUUUGGAUUGCGAUGAAUGUUCAAAAAUGGGUAAAGUUGCCUCCAGAAUUAUAAAAGGUAUUGAUUUUCAAAUAGAAUCCAAAUCUUUCACGAUUAAUAAUUAUGAGGAGUUAGUUCAAGAAAUUGGCUCAUUGGAUGCAUAUUCAAUUCAAUCAUACGAAUUUAUUGUCAAACUACCAUGUGGCCAUGAUCAUGGUAUCAAAAACUCUUUUAUUUAUUACAAUGGUAAAAGAAAUAUUGAUACUUUAGCAAGAGUGUUUUAA